ACCCAACAAAAACACCACUUCAAAUCACUACUCACCAUACUUCACAGUACCACACACUCCAUUCCUGAUACAUCUCACUCUAAUGGCUUCCCUCUCUCUCCCCAAGCACACCUUCACUUCGCUACUCCCCACUCAAACUCCCAGACACUACUACCCAUCUUCUCAACUAGUCUCCAAAUCUUCAAAUUCCCAAUUCUAUGGCCUCAAGCUCUCCAAUUCUACCUCUUUGCCGAUUCCAUCUUCCUCUUCUGGGAUGAAUAUCAUUUGUGGCAAGGUGGAAAAAGGCAAGGUUCCCCCAAAUUUUAACUUGAAAGAUCAGGAUGGUAAAUCCGUCAGCCUUUCCAAGUUCAAAGGAAAGCCUUUGGUUCUCUAUUUCUACCCUGCUGAUGAGACCCCAGGGUGCACCAAACAGGCUUGUGCUUUCAGAGAUUCUUAUGAGAAGUUCAAAAAAGCUGGAGCACAGGUUGUUGGGAUUAGUGGUGAUGACUCAGCAUCACACAAGGCUUUUGCAAAGAAGUACAAGCUUCCAUACACAUUACUAAGUGAUGAAGGUAAUAAGGUGAGGAAAGAAUGGGGAGUGCCAUCAGAUCUGUUUGGGACAUUGCCUGGAAGGCAGACCUAUGUUCUCGACAAGAAUGGAGUGGUUCAACUCAUCUACAACAACCAGUUCCAACCCGAGAAGCAUAUUGAUGAAACACUCAAGCUACUUCAGAGCCUUUAAACUCCUCCUGGUUUAGUUUUUCCACAUCACUCUGUCCAUUCUAUAUCUCUACAUAGGGUUACAGAAGUCCUUAGUUUUGUAUGACUGAGAGCCAAUCAUGGUUUCUAGUGUUGUUGGUCUCUCUUGGACCUUUGAAAAGUAUAAAGGCAACUGUUUUCUUUCCUAUAUAUGAAACCAAACUAUAUAUUGUAGCAUGACGUUUGUUGGCAAUG